AUGUGCCCAAAAAAUGCCCGAAAAGCUCAAAACGCUCACAGAAAAAAAUACAAUUUUCUGAAAUUUUCAGACCAGGCCAAAGCUCGAAACUAUGAUUCGAAUCGUCGUUUGAUGGCAAGAAUCGAGAAAUUGAAGGCGAAAAAUGGGCAUCUGAAUGAUAGUGACCAAUCCAGUCAAAAUCAAGAGGAAAUUGCCCGAUUUCAAGCCAAAAUUCAAGGAGCAGCGAAAGAAAUCGAACGUCUGAGAUUGGCGAACGAAACGCUUUCCAACAAAAUGAGCAAUGGAAGUGAUGAACACCUUCAGAAACGAAUAGACGCGCUUACGGUGGAGUUGAAUGAGCAGAAGAGCAAAUUUGCGAAUCUUCACGAAUCCAAUCGUCGAUUGAUAGCGAAACUCGACGUGGCGAAUGACAGAAACAAGGAGUUGCUGAAAAUGGAAUUGGUGACGUUUCGAAACCAGCCAGUUCGAAACCGCGACACUGUGAAAACGGUCAUUUCGAAAUCAUCACCUCCUAACGACUACAUGCCAAUUGCCAAUCUGAAAUUGGAAAUUUCACAGCUUUCGGAGAAUUUGAAGACUGAAAAGAGCAAAAUUGCAUCCCGAGAAGCUGAAAUUCAAAAUCUGACGAAAAUCAACGAUAAGCUUGAAAAAGAGGCGAACAACCUUGUGGAUGAAAAUCGACGUCUUAAAAAUGAAAUACACGAUCUGAAAGAGGAAAUUGAGGAUUCUCAAUGCUCUACGUCUUCUGAAGCCACGUCUUCUGAGGUCUAUGAGGAGAGAUUGAGAAGCCAAGCGGAGAUGAUCAAAGAUCUAGAGGAGCAGUUGAGACAUUCCGAGGAGGGACCACCAGCCAAAAUGCGGAAAAUUUCGUCUGACGGCCUUCUGGAAGAGAAUCAACGUCUUCAGAAGACUAUCAAAAGCUUCAUGGAGGUCCAAGCGUCUUCUGAGAAGAAUUCUGAAAAGAUUCAAAACCUGGAAAAGGAGAUUUCACGUCUUCAGGCAGAAAAUAAGAAGAUUAUCGACGAAUCGGAAAGUGAUAAUCUACGUAUGAUGGAUGAGAAUUCUGAUUUGUUGGAUGAGAUCGAAUUUCAUGUGAAUCAAAUUAGGCUGAAAGAGAUGGUGUUUGAGGCUGAGAAAGCGAAAAUUCUGAAAAAAUUAGAAGCUGAGCAAUCGGAAAUUUCACGUCUUCAGGAGGAAAAUCAACGUCUUCUGGAGGCUCUCAACUCUGAAAAUUCCAAAUUAGAAGCCGCUGAAUCUGAAGCUGAGCAUAGACCUGAAAAUGCGAAAAUUCUGGACGAAAACCGGAAAGUUCUGGAAAAUUGGAAAGCUGAGCAAUCGGAAAUUCUCAUGAAAAUUUCACGUCUUCAGGAUGAGCAUCAGAAUCAAGAACUAUCACAUCUCAGAGAUGAAAAUCAACGUCAAGAAGACGUGAUUCAGAAUCAGCAUCAAGAAAUUUCACGUCUUCAAGAUUUGAAUCAGAAUAGGAAGGAAGAAGUUUCACGUCUUCUGGAGGCCCUCGAAACUGAAAAUACCAAAUUUGAAGCUGAAAAAGCGGAGAUUCUGAAGGAACUUUCACGUCUUCAGGAGGAGAAUCAACGUCUAGAAGACUUAAUUCAGAAUCAACAGCAACGUCUUCAAGACACGAUUCAGAAUCAGGAGGAAGAAAUUUCACGUCUCCAGGAUGAAAAUCAGAAUCCAGAAGUUUCACGUCUUCAGGAUGAAAAUCAACGUCAUCAAGACAUGAUUCUCAAUCAACGUCAAGAAAUUUCACGUCUUCUGGAGACUCUCAAGUCUGAAAAUUCCACAUUUGAAGCCGCCGAAUCUGAAGCUCAACAUGCACGUCAACUGGCAGUGAUCCAGAAUCAGAAGGAAAAAAUUUCACGUCUUCUGGAGGCUGUCAACUCCAAAAAAUCCAAAUUUGAAGCUGAAAAAUCGGAAAUUCUGGCCACGAAAGCCGCUGAAUUGGAAGCUCAUCAUGCACGUCAUCUGGCAGUAGUUCAGAAUCUUUUUCAAGAGAAAAGUCGUAAUUUGGAGACGAUCAGAAAUCUUGAAGCACAAAAAUCCGAUAUUCUGAGGGAGGCGUCGGAGAAAAUCGCCGAAUUAGAUGUACGUCUUCAGACUGAGAUUCAGAAUCGCGAUGAGAAUUCGAAGCUUCAAAAGACAUUGAAAAAGGAUUCUGAGGAUUCUGAAUUUUCACGUCUUCAAGAGGAAAAUGAAAGUCUUCGAGAGACGAUUCAGAAGCAAAAUUCUGAAAUUUUGAAGAAAACGGAAACUGAGCAUCUUAUGGGAGAAUUUCUGAACGCACAAGACGAAACAUCACCUUCUAGAGAGCAGGACAUUGCUCAGAAGACGUCAGAAGACGAGAGUCUUCAAGCAGAAAAUCAACGUCUUCGCGCUGAAAAUCAACGUCUUCGCGCUGAAAAUCUGAGAAUUCUCUCAUCAAAAAACGCCGUAAACGACGAGCUUGAGACGAGACAUUUGAUAUUGCUCAGUGAAAAUGCUUCUCUUCUGGAUUCGGUGAAAAAUGAAGAGGAAAAAGCACGUCAUCUGGAGGCUUCUGAGCACAACCAUGAUGAUAAAAUUCUGGAACGUCUUCCAGAAAUUUCCGGUCGAUCGUCGCCAGAAGCAGUUAGAGCAGCGAUCACAAGAAGCAUCAGUACCGAUCCAGCUAACGAGCAAGCGGAAAAAUCGGAAAAAGUGGUGUUGAUCGAGAAAAUUGAAGCGCUGAACGUCGAAAUUUUUCAUGCGAAACUAGCCAAUUUCGAGCUCCGCCAAAAAGCAGAUCAGACUUGCGGUGAAGUGAACAGGCUGAUGUCAGAGUUGGAGAUUCAUAAAUCGCUGAUAGGAUAUACAGUAACCGAGAAAGAUAUCGUGGAAAAGACACUGAAAAUCAAGGAGCUGGAAGGGCAAAUUGCUCAUCUUGAAGAAUCUCACAUUAAAUUGACCACGGAGCAUCAUGAGAGCUUAGCAUUUGCCUGGGCACAAGUCAAGCACUUGGAUGUGAAGUUGAAGACGGAAAAAGAGAAGUUCGAUGAGAUGGUGUCCCAAAAACUGGGAUUGCUCGCUGAAAAUCCUAUCACCGAGCUCAAGGCAUGCACAGAAUUCGGGAAUUGGAGCGUUAUUUGA